AUGGACCUCCUGUCCGUCUGCCAGAACGGCAACAGCUGCACUGCCUGGUACAAGACCCCCACCCGCUUCACCGGCACGCUGGAUGCCUUUGUGAAGAUCACACGCUAUGAGGGCAUCAGGUCUCUGUGGAGCGGUUUGCCCCCCACCCUGGUGAUGGCUGUGCCAGCCACUGUCAUUUAUUUCACCACCUACGACCAGCUCCGGGACUACCUGCACGCCCGGACAGGGAGUGGGGGGCACCACAUCCCCUUGUUGGCUGGGGCCCUUGCCAGGCUGGGUGCUGUCACAGUCAUCAGCCCCUUGGAGCUGAUCCGCACCAAGAUGCAGUCCCAGCAGCUCAGCUACCGGGAGCUGGGGGUCUGCAUCCAGUCAGCAGUGGCUCAGGAUGGCUGGAUGUCCCUCUGGAGGGGCUGGGGACCCACCGUGCUGCGCGAUGUCCCCUUCUCAGCUCUCUACUGGUUUAACUACGAGCUGGUGAGGGACUGGAUCUGCAGGCAGGCCCGGCUGGACGAGGCCACUGUCAUGAUCAGCUUUGCCUCUGGGGCCAUCUCUGGCACGGUGGCUGCAGUGCUGACUCUGCCCUUCGACGUGGUGAAGACCCAGCGGCAGGUCCAGCUGGGACACAAUGAGGUGCACCCAGUCACAGCUUCCAAGCCUUCCUCCACGUGGCUGCUCCUGCGGCGCAUCCGGGCGGAAUCCGGCACCCGAGGGCUGUUUGCAGGCUUCCUGCCCCGUGUCAUUAAGGUGGCACCUGCCUGUGCCAUCAUGAUCAGCACCUACGAGUUUGGCAAGAGCUUUUUCCAGAAGCUGAACCAGGAGCGGCGGCUGCGCGGGUUGUGA